CGCACUUAUGCAAACUUGAACCGGACAUCGAGUUGUUUUUGUUUUGAGCGGGUUGGGGGGUUGAGCCCUGCCGGCUGGAGCUUAUAAAUAAUGUUUCUCUUCACUUAGCUUUAUUUUUAAAAUGACCUCAUCAUGAAUGCAAUGGAGUGAAUGACGUAGGAUAUGUAAGUUACCUUAUUAGUUUAUCAGUCAGUCUUUUAUUAUUUCAGAGUUUGAAGCAGAAUGGAUACGCGGGUAUCGGAUCUAUUCGGGAGCCUUUCCACACAAAGGUCCAGCUCUCAUGGAGCAAAUCAUGGGGCUGUAGGGCUUGCCAGCCGAAAAUCCACGAAAAAUAGUAAAAAGUGUAAAAACCGCUCAGCCCGGUAUCCCAAAGCAAGCAAUAACCACCCGCCUUAUCUACCGCCAGAGGUUGAAGAGGGAAACAUUGAAUACAAGCUAAAGCUGAUAAACCCCACAGAGUACCGCUUUGAGCAUCUGGCCACACAGAUGAAAUGGAGGUUACAGGAGGGCAGAGGAGAGGCUGUGUAUCAGAUUGGUGUGGAGGACAAUGGGCUGCUGGUGGGCCUGUCAGAUGACGACAUGAAAGCCUCUCUCCGAACUCUCCGCAGGAUGGCUGAGAAGGUGGGUGCUGACAUCACAGUUCUCAGAGAGAGAGAGGUGGAUUACGACUCUGAUGAUCAACACAAAAUAGCUGAGGUCCUCAUUAGGAAAGUACCAGAUGAUCAACAGUUCUUAGAUCUGCGGGUAGCUGUGCUGGGUAAUGUGGACUCAGGAAAGUCAACUCUACUUGGUGUGCUUACACAAGGAGAGCUGGACAAUGGCCGUGGCCGAGCGAGACUUAACCUGUUCAGACACCUUCAUGAAAUCCAGACGGGAAGAACGUCUAGUAUCAGCUUUGAGAUUUUGGGCUUUGACAGCAAAGGAGAGAUAGUGAAUUACAGCGAUUCCCGGACAGCAGAGGAGAUCUGUGAGAACGCGUCCAAAAUGAUCACCUUUAUUGAUCUGGCAGGCCACCACAAAUACCUGAAGACCACCAUCUUCGGCUUAACCAGCUACUGUCCAGACUUUGCCAUGCUUGUUGUCAGUGCAAACACCGGCAUUGCGGGUACAACACGGGAGCACUUGGGUCUGGCUAUGGCAUUGAAGGUGCCCAUCUUCAUCGUGGUGAGUAAAGUGGACCUGUGCACCAAGAACACAGUGGAGCGCACGGUCCGACAACUCGAGCGCAUUCUCAAACAGCCCGGAUGCAACAAGGUGCCCAUGUUGGUAGCUACUACAGAUGAUGCUGUCACUGCCGCCCAGAAGUUUGCCCAGUCGCCUAGCAUCACACCGAUCUUCACCCUGUCUAGUGUAUCAGGCGAGAGUCUCGAUUUGUUGAAGGUCUUUUUUAACAUCCUACCUCCACUCAGCAACAGCAAGGAACAAGAAGAGCUCAUGCAACAGCUACCCGAGUUUCAGAUUGAUGAGAUUUAUACAGUUCCAGAUGUAGGCAUAGUAGUUGGUGGAACUCUUUCCAGCGGGAUCUGCCGUGAAGGGGAGCACUUGGUGGUUGGACCCACAGAUGAUGGAAAGUUUCAGGAGCUGACAGUCUGCAGUAUCCAGAGGAACCGUUCUGGCUGUAGGGUGCUCAGAGCCGGCCAGGCAGCUACGCUGGCAUUGGGCGAUUUUGACCGCUCACUGUUACGAAAGGGUAUGGUGAUGGUGAGUCCAGAGAUGAACCCCACUAUUUGCUGGAGGUUUGAGGCAGAGAUCAUUUUACUCUUUCAUGCUAAAACCUUCCAUAAGGGCUUCCAGGUGACUGUCCACGUGGGCAACGUUAGGCAGACGGCAAGAGUUGAAGCUCUGCACGGAAAGGAUGAGCUCCGCACAGGUGAGAAAGCCGUGGUACGAUUCAGGUUCCUUAAACACCCAGAGUACUUGAAGGUGGGUGCCAAGCUGCUCUUCAGAGAGGGAGUUACCAAAGGCAUCGGUCAGGUCACCAAACUCCAGCCCACGUCGCAGUACCAGCACAGCUCUUGAUCCAACUUCACAGACUGAAAAACCCCGGCUGGUUUCUCAUCACCUCAUAUUCACUCUUCACACUUUCUUGUUUUCCCUCUUCUAUUUGUUCACGCUUUAGCUCACCUUUCUCAAGUCUUGAGAUGGUCUCAUGGAUCCACUUUCUGUAAAGCUAUAAAGGGCUUCUACACAGUUUUAAUUCAUUGCCUCCCACUGACAGUGUCAUUUUAAUGUUGUUUCUUGUUAACUCACAGUUUGUCAUUCAAACAUUGCAAGCAUAAUGUAGCAAAAAUACAAGAUGUCAACUGAACAUCUUUCUUCUCACGUUCAAACAGCACUGAUGAACAUUCACACACUGUCAGAUCAAGUUUGUUUGUGGGCAGACUUUUAAUGUAGUUCUAAAUAAAUAAAUAAAAUAGUAACCAAAGGACAGAGAUUGUGUAACACAGCUGCCAAAGAGACAUCAUUUUGUGGUAGUUUGUUUUAAAUGUUGAGUAUUUUAGCUGAUGCCAAUGAAGAAUAGUUUUUUCUUAAGGCAUCUAGUCGACAGAGUUUCAUAUGGUCACCUGUUUCGUAAACUCCGCUCCACCAAAUGCUGAAUACAAUCUCCACAUCACUGAUGUCUUUUAUUUUUGUAUGUUUUAUAAAGAGGCCUUUUAUUGCUGUGGCAGUGUCAAGCUCUAACAGUGUUGCUGCUUUCAAUCUCUGAAAUACACCAGUAAUGUUCUGUCUUACCACCAAGUGUUCUUUCAGUGUUGCUGCUUUAGAAGAUAUUUGAGGUAUAAUAUGCGUGGUUUUCUCAAGUGCUCAAAUAGCUCAGGAAACAUGUAGUUCUUGUAGAAUGCAUUCCAUGUUAACCAAUACACUCGGAAUGAGACUUCUCAACUGCACAACUCUUCGGGGUGAGGAGACUCUCUUUCAUUCAGGGGUGUAUCGCUAUUGCCUUUUGAUAAAUUAUGCAAAGGACUCUUUUAUUUCUGCUCUGUUGCCUUUGUUUUGAGCUUUAAGCAGUUUCUGCUUCAGGUUACUGAUUUGAUCAUUUUCUGAGGUCUAUAGCAGAGAGUGUGUAUUGGACUGCGCUUUGACUCUGUUUUUUUCAUACCUUUUGAUUGAAACAUUUUAAAUCCUUAAUGGUAAAAGGGGUUGAUAGAUUUGUUAGCUAGGAGCCCCAAAAUAUUCUUGCCUAGUGCCGUCUUAUAACCAUCGCAUGUAUGUUUGUCAAAUUGCACAUGUUGUGCCUUUGUGAGUAAUAUUCAAAUUUCUAUCGUCACUGCUCAGGUGCAAUUUUAGAAAACGAUUAAGUAAUUUGAACCAAAAAGAAUAUGUAUUCAAACAUGUAAUAGAAAAGUCAAGUGGAGAUUGUUUUAAAUUUGGAAUCAUUUCUAUUCAUUUAAUUUAUGAUUGGCAUAUUUAAUAUGGUCUCUUCUGUCUUCAGAUGCAAGAUGUUUUUUCAAUCAUAUUUUUAAAUGUUUUAGCCUUACUUUUUGGUGCAUUAGAGUAUUUAUGUACAAGUUUGUUUGUAUAUUAUGAUGUACAUAAAUAAAAAAAUAUAUAUAUUAUAAAAACGUU